AUGGCCGGGGAGACCAACAUCCCCCCUCGUUAUGCACCCUGGUACGAGGUGCCACAGCGUCGGAUCGUUGCUGUCGAGCACCCAGGCAUCGUCAAAAAUGUCGACAGAGCAAUCAGAACGUUACAAGGUGAAGCCGGACUAGCCAAGCCUGAAGACCCGAUGGCAAGGCCGAUUGAAUCAAUCAACCGGCAAACCAACAACGUCCUGCUCAAAAUCACUGUCCCAAAGUGGACGGGGCGCAAGCGGAAGAGAGGUAGUGAUGAGCCUUUUGCUGACAGCAAACCUACGCCUGAAGAGAUUGAAAGAGAACGACAGAGUUGUACAUUCAGGCGGCAGAGUCUGAGAGAUAAUGCCUCCAAGUACUCUGUCGAAGCUGUUGGUGCGGUUGAGAGAACACAUAAUUAUCGGAGUAUUCCCGAUUUCGUGUUCUCGACCACAGCCAGCCCUUUUACGCAGAGAUUCAGAGAAUCGAUUUUAUCCAACAAAUUCGAGAAAAUGAAGCAAUUUGAUCUCUCUCUACAUAGACCUAAAAAAGGAGAGACUAAAAACAUCGAUCUCAUCCCACCACCAGCCUUUAGUAAAACGCAUAUCCCUUUCCAAUACACCUACCGCCAGAACCCAACAGUCAAGAUGUGGCAUGACACCGCUGGCAACAUCAGCUCCAUCAACACGCAAACCCCAAACAAGGUCCUCGCCCAUCUUGUACCGUACGACAUUCCCGAGGUUCCUUCCAAACCGCGCGAAGAACUCGCCCCAGUGUCCUCUCUCGACCCGGACCUCCGGGCCACCAUAGCCGCCGUCGAAGCGCUAUUCUCUGAGCGACUCGCCUGGACUCGUCGCGCACUACGCAACCACCUGAAAGCCCCCGAACACCGAUCCUCUCUCCGCUAUGCAAUUGGCUACGUGGGAUACACCUUCCGCUCGGGGCCCUGGCGAGAUGCCAUCGUGAAACUAGGCCAUGACCCGCGCACCGACGUUGAAUUCCGUAAAUAUCAGACCUUCGUCUUCCGCGUCCAAGCCCGCCAGCCAGACGUCGCUCGUGACGGCGGCGGGAGCGCUGCAAAACGCCACAGCGGCGUGCGCGAUACUGUCGAGUCGCGCGAUUUCAGUGGUCUUGACAUCUCGACUAUCCCAACAGUAACCAAAGACGAAAUGCCGGAUAGCCACCUCUGGACGGGCAAAGCACCAUUACCACUCGAUGGUAAGAUCUGGAUGCUGUGCGAUAUCGUCGAUCCCAUUAUCAAAAAUAUCUUUUACCCGGCCAACCCUGCGCCGGAUUUCCUCCGCAAGGAAUGCGAUCCGCUGAGCGACGGGUGGUUUGGCAACGGCACACUUGCCAAAGCUAGGACUAUCAUACGCCAGAAAAUCAAUGCGUUGACUCAGCAGCACCGGGAGCCUGGUGAUUCAGAGUACGAGUGUAUACUGAGUUUCCCAGAUUAUGUGCGUGAUGAAGGAUUGGAGGAAUUCUAUCUCAAUCCCGAAACCGCUACGGCGAAGGAAAUGGCGAUGGCGACUGAAGUGCGAAUGACGAUCAAGGGGUCCGCGAAUUGGAGACAUACCGUGACUAUGGGGAAAAUGGGCGGCGCCAAGUCUCUUAAGAGAACGAGGGAAGAGGACGAGGAAGAGAGAGAAGCUGCUAGACGGGCGAUGGAGGAAGAAGAGGUUUCCGAGGAGGAGGAGGAAGAGGAAGAGGAGGAGAGGGAUGUAGAGAAGGGAGACGAAGAGCAAGAUGAUGAUGAUGAUGAUGAUGAUGACGAACAGGAGGAGAAUGGCAACUUCGACGAUGAUGAGGAUAAUGAAAGUGAAGGUGUGGAUGUGGAAAGGCCAGGUGCGGGAAUGGGCAAGAGACAGCAAUCUCGAAAGGGCAAAGGCAAGCAGAAGCGCGUACGUAUAAGAGGUUGA